GGCACUAAGCAAGAAGCUAGCUAGUUACUUUCAUCUGCAUAACUGAAACUAUGAGUUCAAACAACUCCGGCCGAAAUUCCGAUAUGGCUCAAUGCCAAAAGCAACCUCCCCACCAAGGACAAUGGUCCACUGGCCUUUUCGAUUGUUUGGAGGAUCGUUCGAAUUGUAUUUUCACUUGCUUUUGUCCAUGCAUAACCUUUGGGCGAAUUGCGGAGAUUGUUGAUAGAGGAACUACAUCGUGUGCGGUGGCCGGCACGAUCUACCAUUUUCUGGGCGCUGUAGGCUGUGGAUGGCUUUAUGCUGGCUCCUAUCGAACCAAAAUGCGAGGACUCUUCUCACUACCGGCAGCGCCAUGCCAUGAUUUUCUGGUUCAUAGCUUCUGCUGUGUUUGUUCUCUUUGUCAAGAGUAUAGAGAACUCAAAAAUCAUGGAAUUGAUCCCACCAUAGGGUGGCAAGCCAAUGUUGAGAAGUGGAACCGAGAAGGAGUGAAGCCUCCGAUGGUCGAACCGGCAAUGGCACGUUAA